UAUUAAUUCUAGUUGAAAAUAUCUUGUUUGUCGUCAUUUUCGUCCAGAAUAUGACGUACUGAAGUGCGAAUAAAGUUGCAAGUGAUUGUGAAACUAUUUUUUUGCCCUACUGACAAAUUCGAUAUCAAAAGUCAUUGUGAAUAAUCGCGUCUAUGGAAUAACCAAGUGCUUACGAAUUAAUAUGCUCUGAUAUAGUUAUGUAACUGAUAAAUAUAAUGUACAAUUCCGUUAACUUUGGUAAAACAGUGAUCAGUGUAAAUAUAGUGUCUGUAUAAACAAUCUGAUGGAAUAAAUAAACACAAACAGGGACACGUGGGUCUCGCACUGAAUCGAUCGAUAAAGACGGAAGCGCGCGCCAGUCUGUAUCAACGAGACGAUUUUAAGUCAAGGUCGCGCUACGCAAACACGUGCAAUGUCUGAUUCUAUUUACACACAUGACUUUCUAUUAGAUGGGGGUGUGGAGAUCAAACAGGAGUCCCCGUUCGAGCUCGGGUCGGUGUCGGCCUCCGUGCCGAUCCCGCAGCGGCGCAUGGACCUCGGUGAUUUCAGCACAGAUCUGGACCUGUGCCUGCAGGACAGCCUCUCAGGCUCCUACGCCCCCACAAUGACUUACAGCAAAAUGGCGUUUGACACGGACAAUUCUACCAAAACUGAAAACUUUAAAAUGGAUGAUGAUGAUAUUUUUCAAGUAGACAAAGCUGAUUUAAUAUUAGGGCCGACUCUUGCCGAAUUAAACGCUAACCCAGAUACAUUGUUAGAUGACCUAAAUUUUGACGAUUUACUUUUGCCUGAGGAGAGUGGCUAUUGUAUUCAAAUAGGUGGAGCUAUGAGCGGGUCGCGACGCGCUCCUCACUCUGUUCAGGCGUCUAAUGUGCCUGCUUCAGAGAGUCCCUGCAGUCCUUACAGCCGAGCGCAGCUGGCAUUUUCUCCAUCGAGUCAACACAGCUCUGCAUCAUCCAGUUUUGCUCAGCCUAUUAACCAGUUGCCAGAGCUGCUGUUACGGUUGGAUGGCUACAGUGGGGAGAUAGCCUUGGGCCAGUCCGUGCCAGCCUCCACUGUGCUGCCACCAUUCACACCCAGCAUUCAGCCGCAGCACACACAAUUGUCAUCUUCAGCACCAACUCAUCUGACUAUGGAACAGAUAUGGCAAAGGCGCGAACCCCGCAAGCAUCUACUGUCGACCAGUUCCUUGGCUGAAGCUGGCUCCGUGUCCUCACUAUCGGGAGGACUCCUGAGCCCAAGCACGGCUGACUUCUCACAGGACGAGGAUGACAGGGACGAGACAGAUGAGGAUAGUGACAGAUAUGAGGAUUUAUCAUCAGAUGAUUCGAAUGACGAGUCCGAGAGUAAACAAUCACGACUGAAUUCUAAAAAGGAGAGAUAUUUCUGGCAGUACAAUGUUCAAGCUAAGGGUCCUAAAGGACAGCGGCUGGUCUUGAAAAAGAAAUCCGAGGAUCCUCAUGUGUUGAACAGUGUCACGGAUCCUGUAUUUAGUCCGCAGUGCAGCGUAAGAGGAAUCAAACAUAGUGGCAAAGCCAGAAAAGGCGAUGGAAACGAUUUGACCCCGAAUCCUAGAAAAUUAUACUUAAUCGGAAAAGAGCUGGAUAAUUUGGGCAAAGUAAUCAACGACAUGAUACCCGUGAGCGAGCUACCGUUCAACAUCAGGCCCAAGACGAGGAAAGAGAAGAACAAGCUCGCUUCCCGCGCCUGUCGGUUAAAGAAGAAAGCGCAGCACGAGGCCAAUAAACUCAAGCUGUACGGUUUACAACAAGAACACAGACGACUACUGAACGGCAUAAGUCAGAUAAAGCAAGUGCUGGCGAACAGGGCCACGGCAACUGCCCAGACCAAUGUAGACUGGAAUGCUCAUGUUAAGAAUUUAGUCAACACAGCAACAGAAGUAAAAAUUGCUGGUAAAACAUCAGAGUAUGUAAACAAAAUUCUGGACAAUGUCAAGAGUGGGCAGGCAAAUGGUGGACUCAAAGACAUAUAAGGUAAAAUCUGUGUGAACUGCAAAACGAAAGGCUGUUUAUUGUACCUCCAAAGUUAUUUUAGCAAAGAAAAAUUAUGAAUAUCAUAUAAAGGCUUAAUUGUCUAAGACAAUUUUAUUUUUGUAUGGUAACAGAGUUGUAGAAAUAGUCAUUAGAAGCUUCUAAAGGCAACUAAGAGGUAGUUUUUUUUAAUUCAUGUAUAAAUCAUGCCAUAACAUACGUGUCAUGUUGGAAUAAGCGUAACUGCAAUUUUGGACUCGGAUACAGAGGGGUGGCCCUUCACAAAACGUGGCAUAUACUGGCCGGUGGUGGCUGGAGAUGGGAGGAAUAUAUGCGUUUCUUAAAAAACCCUUAAAUUAAAAUCUGCAUCCGCGCCUGUGAAUUCCAAACGAAACUGAAAAUAUAAACACAUUACUCUCCUUUACGUCGCGCUGUAGAGUAAUAAAGCUUUCCUUUUGAACGCCAAGAACACCUAAAGGCGUGGUAACUAGUCGUGCCCACAGCGCCAAGGACAGCUAUAGGUGUCAUGGCGAACGCUGUCAAAGUAACUGUUAGGUUUAAGAUAACCUUCACACUUUCAAGUAUGGUUACAUUAGCCGGCUUGCGCCCGUGACCUUGGCGUGUAAUUGACUUUUUGGUUUAUGACGUAAAUCGUUCAAAGGGUUAAUAAGUCAAAUAAUAAUAGCGCUUAAUAUUAAUAUACAAAUAUUAUAAUUCAAACAUAUUUUAACAUGCAGUACAUUAUUGCGUACUUUUACGUGUUCCGUUAUAUCUUGCAAGAACUCUGUUAACAAGUGUAAUAUUUUUAAAUGAAGGGUGAAUAUGAAUUCUAUAAUUCUAUGUAUAUUCGACUCUUUUUAUCCGAGUCUAAUAUUUGAAUUAUUUACUCCUGUUAGGUAUAUAUUGUAUUUUUAGAAGCCAGAAGAUAUUUAGAUUUCAUAAAUAUGUACAUAUUAUCGAAACAAUUAUGCAUUUUAAUUAUAUCUCUAAUUAAUAAAUGGCUACUAUAAUUUAGAUUCUAAGGUACAGUAUAACUGGAAGUGAUAUAAUUUUAAAAUUAGAUUUGUUAAUCAUUAUUUUUUACGCGAUACAUAUUAAAGUAAGUUCGAAAUCGAAGAUUUUACAGAAAUCCAUGAAACUAAGAAUAUUAAAGCCUAGACCGAACGAACCCAGUUAUAUCUGGACAACUUCUUAAAAAGUGAAGCCAAAUUGCCACUAACUCCAUCUUAAUCGCAAUUACAGCAAUCGAUGAAACGGUGAUAGUGCAAUGUUUGAUACCUACUGUGACAAAAUAGCACAGUUUAGUUGGCAGCACUCGUCUUCUGGGCGUUAUUAUUCUAAGCCACUAAAUAUCAAAGUGUUUUGAUUACUAACGUAACUAAUUGCUCGUUUUCUCCUAAACAUGCUAAUCAUCAAUAUUUAAAAAAUCCAGUAAACGCUCGUUUUCACUGCAUUAAGUUGUAGUCGGCCUAGUGUAAACUCGCCCUAAGCACGGCAGAGACUACAUUUGAAAGCACAAGAUUUGUCUUGAUUGUUGUAGUGACAUUAUGUUUUAUAUUCAUAAAUAUGAAAUUUUAAUAGUCGCCACAGAGUGAGUUUGAUACGGAAUUUAGUGUUGCAGGCGAUGUGCAAUAUCAUACAGCAUGGGGGUCUGCGAGCCGCUCCGGUGUGCGAGCAGGAUAUCGCUUUAUACGUAAUACGCAUAGCGCUGUCUCGCUCACACCAGAGCGGCAAGCGGAUCAAUGUGAUAGCCGUAUAAAAACAAAAACUCGUAGUCAAUUAGGCGGGUCCACACAGAGCGAGCAUACGCGCGAAGCAAUUUCCUUGCGCACAAACCGGCCGAGGCACGUCUUACACUGGCCAGUUUGUGCGCGAGGAAAUUGCCUCGUGCGUAUGCUCGCUCUGUGUGGACCCGCCUAUUAAUGUACGAAAAGAAACAGUGCAAUUAGCUACGUUGUCGAAAAAUAAAUCAAGCCAUUUGGUUAGGCCAAUAAAAUUACAUCUAAAAAAGCGUUUUGUGGAAUUAAUUCCCAGCAAGCUGGUAAUUGUUUUAACACCUUAAUUUAGUCCUAAAAGCGUGUAAUCCGAGUUUGCGCAAUCCCAGAUUUGCAAAAAUUUUUGCUCUUUUGUUUUUUGCUUGUUUGUAGCUCGAAAACGGUACGUCCGAUGAUUGUUUAGGGCCAAAUGAAACAAUUUCCAGCUGGCUGGGAAUUGAUUCUUAGAAAACAUCUAAUUCUAUUCAUACCAUGUAUAAUGAAAGUAUAACACCAGUAGGCUCAACACGCUAAUAUUUGUACCGUCGCCAUGUUUACAAGGCAAUACGUGUAGUGUUGCUGCGGGAUGAGUGUAGCUGGUCUUCACAUUGGGGCAUGUUUACACAUUGAGGCCACCCACACUUAUCCCGCUACACUACACUUUUUACUCCUACUCAUUGGCCUCAUAUGAGAUUGGUAUUAUAGGAAAAGGGCAGACCGCUCUGUUUUUACACUUCCCUUCAGCAAAGAAUAUCAAAAUUCAAUUCAAUUUAAAAUUACAAAGACGUUACUUGGCUGGCAAAUUUAGACCCCUGGGAGUUGACGGCUUAAUUAUUCACUCUAGUCAUACUGAAUUUUAAAAAUAUUUCUUUGUUAACGCAAUAGUGAAGCAAAUGCUGGCGUGUUUGGUCUGCAUUAGAGUUUAAUAUAAUGAAUAGUUAUUUAAGAAAAAUAUUUUAAAGUCAAUUUAAGAUAGUUGUAGGACUUACAAGUCACUUCCAUACAAUGGGCGAACUUUUUUAUUAUUAUUAUAUUAUUGUUCUCUAUUUCUCUCUUGCCGAGGAAAAAUAUGUGUAACUGCAUUAUCAUGCGAUAUUUGUUAAAAAUCAUGUUGAGUCAAAUAUUAGUUUACGAUAAGGAGCUUUGGGGUAAUUCCGAAAAUACAAUAUAACUACGAAAGUAUAAUUUUAAAUUAUUUUUCGAAAUUACUCGGAAUUUUCCCAGUGCACUUAAUUUUAGUCGUAGCAAUAUAAUAGUGGCGGGUAUGGAAGUGCUUUAUUAAUUAAUAGUAAUACAAUAUCUAAUUAUGAAUAUUAUGAUACGAUUGUAAUAUAAUUUUAAACUGAUCUGCAAUGUUAUGUUAUAUUAAUCACGAAUUCACGAAUGCUAUUAUUUAACGACCGAUUCGGUUAUAUAAAAUGGUAGCCAAAUUUAAUUAUUUAUGGGUUGAGUAAUCUUAAUAAACUUUUAUUAUCUUUUCUAUUUAAUGACUGGUUUAAAACUCAAAGGUCUAUGAACUAUAUUAAUUGAUAGUUUUUAUUGAUAUGUCCUGAAAUUGUAUUUGUCGUGCUUAAAAAUAUGUAGACAAAUCAUUUUGACAUUCUAAUCACGAAAAUCAAAUAUUUACACGUUGAAACAGAGCUUCGUUAUCAUUAUUACAUUAUAUAUUUAGUGCGUGUACAUAUUAAAGUGUCUACAGAUUACCGCACCGGAUCGCAACUUUGGAGUGGUGCGGCGUUCGUAUCGAUAGUGUGUGAUAGGCCGCCGCACGUGCGUUAAGGGCGCACCUAUAAGUUAGAGCGAGAAAGAGAUAUUUUGACCGCACCAAGGUCACUGUCUGGUGCGGGGUAGUCUGGUACGGCUUAUAGUAGACAAAAGGGGCCUUUAUGAAACCCUACCUCGUUGCAACAAGUUAAUAAUAAUGACUGAAAAUUCUAAAGUAAGUUGCUCUAUUACAAGUUUUUAUUUAUAACGCCACCCACGUCCCGUAAAAGAAUCAUUUUAGAGUAGCGCAACUAUUUGUAGUGAUUAGCUGUCUUUAUUAUUCAGCCGUCUCAGCUCAACUGAAUAUUUAUUUGACGUUACCUAUCUGUAUUCGUUUUAACGUAGCUAUUUCGCUUCAAGAGAUAAUUAAAGAAUUACAAUAGUACAUGCAUGGAACUACUCAUAUCAUAUAUUACAUAUUGUAUUGUCAGUUUUGUUGACUGUUGAAUUUAUUUCAUAUACGUGUAUUGUGUAUUAUUGCAAUUAACAAAAAAGGUAAUUUGUAUAUAAAAUGUCAAUUGAGGAUUUUGUUAUAAAAUAUGAUAUUGUCGAAAUUCAAAUGAUUUCUAUUAUUUAUGUUUACAAUGGUUGAGAUGUAAAUAAUAAAUUUUAAGUAUUGUUCGUUAAUUUUCUUACAAAAAACCAUGAACAUGAUGAAGAAAAUAAAUAAAAUCCUAUUUCAAGUUUUAUCAACUUCAACAACGACAAGAAUCAAACAACUAGAUAAAAACUUUGGCAGAUGGUUUGAACACUGAAUUAAUUUCAGUAUCAGUAUCUACAUAUUUGGUGGUAUCAUAAAGACCCUGUUAAGCAAUAACCUCUUAACAGGAAUUGAAAUAACCGGCCAAGAGCAUGUCGGGCCACGCUCAGUGUAGGGUUCCGUAGUUACUCUUCCGUCACAAUAAGCUAAACUGGAGCUUAAAGUGUAGUAAAUGGUACCUUUCACCCGAGUUAAACAAAUAGGCAAAUUUGCAUAAUCAGUACCUAAUUAAAGUAAGUCUUUUUACUAUGAAGGUAAAACUUUUUGCGAUAACUCAAAAACAGCUAAACUGAUCAUGUCCGCUAUAGUUUUCAUUUAAUAUCUUUCUUAAGCUCUACUUCCACGAUUUUUUUCAUAUUUUUUGGACCUAUGGUUCAAAAGUUAGAGGGGGGGGGACACAUUUUUUUUUCUUUCGGAGCGAUUAUCUCCGAAUAUAUUCACUUUACCAAAAAAUGUUUCUUGAAAACCCCUAUUAGUUUUGAAAGACCUUUCCAACGAUACCCCACACUCUAGGGUUGAAGCGAAAAAAAAAAAUCACCCCCACUUUACGUGUAGGGGAGGUACCCUAAAACAAAAUAUUUUUUUAGAUUUUAUUGUACGACUUUGUCGGUUUUAUUGAUUUAUAUAUCCAUGCCAAAUUUCAGCUUUCUAGCACUAACGACUACGGAGCAAAGCCUCGGACAGACAGACAGACAGACAGACAGACAGACAGACGGACAUGGCGAAACUAUAAGGGUUCCGUUUUAUGCCAUUUGGCUACGGAACCCUAUUUUAUGCCAUUUGGCUACGGAACCCUAAAAAGGUUGACAUUUGAAUGCAAUGAAACUAACUGUAACCAUCAGGAGAUAAUAGUGCCUAUAGUAAUUAUUUUGUCAAGAUAUAGGUGAGAUAGGCCGGAACAAUAAUGAACCAUAACGUUAUUAUAUUACGGUCGCAAUUUCAUUACCAAUGCUGCGGCAAGAUCAGUCGACACUUGAAUUGAAACUUCAAUUUCAUAACAUUAAGGUUCAUCCUUGUUCACCAGUGUCGUGCUGUCAAUGGGCACAGGUCUUCAAGGAAGUUAGUAGAAGUUAGCGCAUAGUCAACUUUUGCCAUAUCUGUGAAUACAUUAAAAAGUAACAGUAAAAACUUAUUACCUA